AUGCUGAAUAAAGGUUCUUCACCCAGCGGGGGGGGGGGGGAGACGUCCACACCCGCCGGACUGAGAAGACGUCGCUGGUACCAACAGAAGACGUCGCUGGUACCAACAGAAGACGUCGCUGGUACCAACAGAAGACGUCGCUGGUACCAACAGAAGACGUCGCUGGUACCAACAGAAGACGCCGCCGGGGUACCAACAGAAGACACCGCCGGGGUACCAACAGAAGACGCCGCCGGGGUACCAACAGAAGACGCCGCCGGGGUACCAACAGAAGACGCCGCCGGGGUACCAACAGAAGACACCGCCGGGGUACCAACAGAAGACGCCGCCGGGGUACCAACAGAAGACGCCGCCGGGAUACCAACAGAAGACACCGCCGGGGUACCAACAGAAGACGCCGCCGGGGUACCAACAGAAGACGCCGCCGGGAUACCAACAGAAGACGCCGCCGGGAUACCAACAGAAGACGCCGCCGGGAUACCAACAAUAUCACACAUGUCUCCGGAGGAGUAA